CGUGUCGUCAACAUUCAGCAAGUUGACUACGUACUAUGGCUCGUACUAAGCAGACCGCUCGUAAAUCUACCGGAGGAAAAGCUCCCAGGAAGCAACUGGCAACCAAGGCUGCCCGAAAGAGCGCCCCAGCUACCGGUGGUGUGAAGAAGCCUCAUAGAUACAGGCCUGGAACUGUUGCUCUUCGUGAGAUCCGUAGAUACCAGAAGUCUACCGAAUUACUGAUCCGCAAACUUCCCUUCCAGCGUUUGGUCCGUGAAAUUGCUCAGGAUUUCAAGACCGAUCUUCGCUUCCAGAGUUCAGCUGUAAUGGCCCUCCAAGAAGCUAGCGAAGCUUACCUCGUUGGUCUCUUUGAAGACACCAACUUGUGCGCGAUCCACGCCAAGAGAGUGACCAUCAUGCCGAAGGACAUCCAGUUGGCCAGGCGUAUCCGUGGCGAACGAGCUUAACUUCCUUUUUGAAGAAAGAAAAAAACACAAACGGCCCUUUUAAGG